AUAUGGAUAGAUAGCAAUUUUCCAAAGGCUUCAUUUGCAGAGACACAGAGCUCCAACAAUGGCUACUAGUACCACACCCUCAUCCCUCAUGCUAACGUACGCCUCCUCCUCUGUGCACCCACAAGACUUCACUCCGUCGCUCGUCUCCUUCAAGCCCAAGCCGCUCUUUAAAACUUUUUGUCUCUGCCCACUGGUUUUGAGGCCUAGAGAGAGAAGACCAAGCAAGUGGGUCAAUUUGAGUUUGUUAAAGGAAGCCAAGUCUGAGCCUUACCCUGUCGCAGCGGCUGCUUUGACUGCUGAGGCAGAGGUGGCUGAGGAUGUGGCUGAGGAUGAAGAAGUAAAAGGCGAUAGUUCUGUUACUGUUGCUGUUCCAAAGCCCAAGAAAGGGAAGGCCGCAUUGCUUUUAAAGAGGGACAGAACAAGGUCCAAAAGAUUCUUGGAAAUUCAGAAAUUGAGGGAAACCAAAAAAGAGUAUGAGCUGCAACCAGCAAUAGCUUUACUGAAAGAAAUGACCAAUACAAAAUUUGUAGAAACUGCUGAAGCUCAUUUCCGCCUCAAUAUUGACCCAAAAUAUAAUGACCAACAGCUAAGGGCAACUGUAAACCUGCCCAAGGGAACCGGACAGACUGUUAAAGUGGCUGUUCUUACUCAAGGUGAAAGGUUUGACGAAGCAAAAAGUGCUGGAGCAGAUUUGGUUGGUGGAGAUGAUUUGAUACAACAGAUAAAAGAAGGAUUCAUGGAAUUUGACAAGUUAAUUGCUUCACCAGAUAUGAUGCCCAAGGUCGCUAGUCUAGGAAAGAUUCUAGGACCACGAGGGCUCAUGCCAAAUCCGAAAGCUGGUACUGUAACGCCUAAUAUACCUCAGGCCAUAGCAGAAUUCAAGCAGGGGAAAGUGGAAUACAGAGCAGAUAAAACUGGUAUAGUUCAUUUACGUUUUGGAAAAGCUGACUUUCCUGAGGAAGACCUUCUCGUAAACUUGCUUGCCACAGUGAAAUCGGUAGAAACAAAUAAGCCACCAGGUGCGAAGGGUGUUUACUGGAAAAGUGCACAUAUAUGCUCAUCAAUGGGUCCUUCGAUUCGGUUAAAUAUAAGGGAGAUGCUCGAUUUCAAGCUUCCAACAAAUUGAAGAAUAUUAACACCUGUACAUGUCUUUAAAUUGUUCAUUCAGCCUCUUAGGUGCCACUGUCAAAACUUUGCGAAUGUAGUUUGUAAAGAUGGUAGGAGAGUAAGGGGAUGAAGAGAGAGAGAGAGAGGGUGACCGUGAUGUUGUAUCUUGGUUGAGACUGUCCCAUAAAGAGAGCAUAUUACAGUCUCAUCUACCCUGAGUGAGUGAGAAAGGCCAUGUACUAAUUUUGUGAUCAAUAUUAUCAACUCAUCACUUAUUUUUAUUUUUUUUUAAUCAAUGAGGGAGAUUUUACUGUCGUGUA